UUUACUGACAUCUACUAUUCUUGUCACAUAUUAGACAUGCGAUAGUUUAGGGAAACUUAGGCGACUAGAUUAUGUCUCCCAGGUCCCCACACAGAGACCUCUCACUACUUGUUCACAGACUGCAUGAACAAUGCGUGUACAUAACUGGUGAUGUCUCAAGACAUUUUCUAAGUCAUCUCCCCAAGAACCAUUACAGUACCACACUGACAACACAACAACAACAACAACCUAAACCUCAACAUGAGCUCUGCCAAAGACCUAUCAAUAGGCCAAAUGAUUGCCAACGCAAACGACACACAGGCGUCUAUUUGCAGUGGAAAAUUCAACUCCCAUAACUCUAUGGAGAUGAAUGACAGCAGGGACACCAUUCCCGACUCAGAAGUACCAGCAAACAGCGCUGUCUUCAACAAACAAGCCUCAAAGCAAGCAACAACAAGCAGCCCUAAAGGCAAAUACCAUACCAAGCCGGCCUCUACCUUCACAAUAAACAACCCCUCAUACUCUAUACCACGCAAACCGACCCUCAACAUCAUAGACGCGAUGGGCCUAGGCCAACCUACAAACAUCGGUAACCACACCAACUCCACACGCCAAGCAGACCCAGCUCUACUUACCCGUUUGAGAACAUCAAUACACUGGGAAGCCAGACAUGAUGGCGUCCUUAAAAGCCUUAACAACUGCCCGGGAGGCAUCCCAAGAGGCCUCAUACCAAAUAUCAAAUGUGGCGCCCCUGAAAAGGAAACUUCCGACAUUGAAAAAGCGUUCGAAGUAAUCCUACAUCACUGCAGUGACCAGCUUACAGAAGCCACAACACUGCAUAGUCAAAACAGACUAGACUAUCACAGACAACAAACCACAGCAACCAUCCAAAAACUAGCCAAAACCAUCGGCCUUGUGGAAGCAGACAAACUGGCAGAACAAUACAAACGUGAGGCCUUCAAACCAAAAAGAAGGGAAGCAAGCACAAAACCCCGUGGGAAAAGACAGUAGAACAAAACUACUUUAAAAAAUACAACCCCGGCCCUUCUCAGGGCCACCAAUCUCUACCAAAAGAGCAAUUUAACAUUUAUGAAUUAAAAAAGUAUGAAUGUGUAUAACGUAUGAGAUGUAUGAACGUGUAUGGAAACCACCAAACAUGUUAACCCGAACCUAUAUCAACCCCCUAGAACUAAUAAAACAGACCUUUGUAUCACAAACUUUAAAACCAAACAACACCAGUGCCAACCAAAACACACCAAAUGUUUACAAUUCAAACCUGCAAACCAUUGCCCGUACUUCGGAACACACACCCGUGUAUACACUAACAUUCCCCCUCCCCAUUCCCCAAGCCGCUGAUGAAGAACACAUCAUGGACUACCACCCAUGAGUUCGAAACAUCUUGUGCUCUUAUUAUGACACACAUAUAAGAGAGAUGGUCCACUACAGGACCGGGAUGUCCGGCCGCCCUCACAUAAAUAACAAAAAACAAAACAAUAUUAUUUGUUGGGUAAGAUACGAACAAUAUCUUACGCCAUUUUUUACUGACAUAUACUAUUCUUGUCACAUAUUAGACAUGCGAUAGUUUAGGGAAACUUAGGCGACUAGAUUAUGUCUCCCAGGUCCCCACACAGAGACCUCUCACCACUUGUUCACAGACUGCAUGAACAAUGCGUGUACAUAACUGGUGAUGUCUUAAGACAUUUUCUAAGUCAUCUCCCCAAGAAUCA